CGUGGACUCCAGCCUCAUGGGUACUUUAACAGUGCUUGUCGCGCGUUCGCAGCGCAGCACCUGAGGCCGACCCGUGCUGCGUCACCCAUAAUUGGACUAUUGUCGCGAAAUUGUCGCAACGCCGCCGGACGCUAUUUUUGGCCUCUCUUCCCUACCCACCAUUGCCAACAUCAUUGCCAUCUCUGCAACAGACAUACACAUACAGAACCUCCGCUGGCAAUAUUUGGGUUCAGCACCUCCUAGGCUUGAGGUUCACAAUAAACAACACUCAAUUUGGAUCACAGGCUGCUGAGAAAUAUGGGUGAAAGUGAUGGAGUUCCCAAGAGCGUAACGCGUCAUGAUGAUAUUUUUGCUGAUUCUGAUAGCCCUGUUAAUUCCGCUGAAGUCUCGCACCAAUGGCACCCACGCGUUGCUCUUGGCUGUCCAGCGCUCGGCGUCGAAACGAGGAAGCUCCUUUUUUUCUGGAGCGGAAAGCGGCGAGACGACUGAUAGUGUCAGUUGCUGUCAAACCACGUUCCUUGUCGACAAGCUGAACUGCCCGCGCCGGUUCUUCUUCCUCGUUCCACGUUGUUCAACCUUGCUUGGCAACAGCGGUGGACCCGUAUGUAGCAUUGAACAAGAUCAACGACAAACAGCCGCCAAAGCCUUACGAGCUCUGCAGGGCGAAAUGACCUCCAGGCCACGUCGCCUCCAGAUCGUGUCGGACCUCCACCUGGAGUUCUAUCUCAAGAAGCCUCUUCCCGAGUUCACCAGACAUGGAGACGAUCUCGCGUUACUUGGAGACAUCGGCAAACCUUGGGAACCCACGUACAAAAACUUCAUCGAAAGGGAGGCGAGCCGGUUUGACAACGUCUUCCUCCUUCUUGGCAACCACGAGUAUUAUCACCGGUACGCUCCGGUCGAGAAUAUCCUUGCCGAGGCCGAAAAGGUCGCCGCCUGUUUCCAGAACGUGCAUCUGCUUGAACGAUCAACGUUCGAUCUGACGGCAAGCACGCGACUUCUGGGCGCCACCUUAUGGUCGGACAUAGACAGCUAUGCGAGUCAGCGUCUGAACGACUUCCGCACCAUUCGAGACAAAGACGGUCCCCUUACGCUGGAACGCUAUCGUCAAUGGCACAAGCGGGACGUGUCUUGGUUAGAACAAGAGUUGGAAAGGUGUCGUCAGGAAGGCGUCCAUGCGGUCGUUCUGACGCACCAUGGUCCCUGUCAGGCUAUGUCUGGCAAGUUUUUCGGUGACGCCUUGAACCCGGCUUUCGUUACGAACCUGGAGCGCCUAUUCGCCCCUCCCGCCAUCGCUUUCGCCAGCGGACACGUGCACAGCAACUGUGAUCUCGAAGUGAACGGUAUUCGUUCGGUUUCCAACGCCAAAGGAUACCCGGGGGAAGCGACGGGGUAUAAAGAGGACGUCGUAAUCGACAUUCCGUGAUCGUUCAUGAGAGCUCUAACGCAAGAGAUCUACUGUAUGUACAUGCCCCGACGCGACGACCUGGGAAAAUUACAGACAGGUACAGCCGGACCUCAUUCUCGUGUCGAGUAGCAUCGGGUCGAAUCCAAACCAGCGUGAGCCGCGUGGGGUUGGUCAACGGCGGUGCUGACGGCUUAGGAAGCACCGCGGUGGUGUAUCUGGAUGUUGGCAAG